AUGAGUAGCACACACAAUCGGAAGGAAAUGGCCCAGGUCCGGUUAUCUCGUCUAAAAUUCUUCAUCAAUAAGAAACAUAAUCGAUCUUCGCCUGAACAGCAACACUCAGCAGCAUCAGCAGCAUCGUCAUCAGCAACCUCACAUAUAAACUUGGAACCCCCUACCAAGCGCAGAAUGCCAGAAGCGAUGACUCCAUCUACUCAGACCCACCUGAUCAUCCGAUUCUAUGAUCAGAACAUCCAAGCCAAGGACAGCCACGGCCGGACGCAGAAAGACAUGUUAUCAUGGAGUGGCAAACAACUGGAACUUAACCACAAUUACAUCCAGAUGCUGUUUCCGCUUCCCGAGGGUUCGCCUUACAACUGGUCAGCCCCAGUAGUUACCCGUGAAGUCUUCGAUGCAUUCCGAUCAAGGAGCGAAUUGCGUGAUAGUAUGCAGUUAAGCUUCGAACGCAUGCUUGAGUUUUACGGCUUCGCUAUAUCUCGGGAGCCCAAACCCAACGCACAGUCGAAGCAAGAAGACAGCGAGAAGAGCAGUGGGUCGAACACAGAGACAUCUCCCGAAGACAACAGUAGCCUUCCCACUGAGUCUAAAGCUACUACAGCUUCAUCGUCCAAAUUCUCUUCCGCCACCUACUCCAUCAUACGAGGCCCCAAGUGGCGCAAAAAAACCACUAAUUGGUGCAUCCGCUUCGACCAUAAUCAUCUCCGCAUCACCCGCAUCCUUCGCUGUCUUCGCGUCAUGGGCUUGCAGACCGAAUGUAAUGCUUUCUAUGAAGCCUUACAGGAAGUCUUUGCCGACCCGACAGUCUCUAUUGGUGACCGCUCCAUGAUGUACUGGACGCGUGCUGUACAGCGGCCUUUGCACCAAGCGCCUGACGAUGACCACUGUGAUUGGUUGGAGGCAUGGGAAGAGGAGCAGCAGAAUACGACUGGUCGAGAGGGGGAGUAG